AGGAUCUCCAGAUGGAGUUUGCGCGCGACGGGAGCGGAGCUGUGCCUCGUGCAACUGCAACAUAUUGGACAGGCUGCCUUGCACUGCCUUGAUGAACUCGAUCUGGUCCCGCACACAGCGCAGCAGCCCGUCAUGGGAGACGGUGGCGCGUCCUCGUCGGUGAACUUCCAGAAUGGCACGGGGAGCGAGGUGUCGGACGCAGCGGGCUCCGCUACUACAGCCGCGUCCGAGCAGUGGAUGGCGGGGAUGAGCCUCGUGAUGGGUUUAAUCGUCCUGGCUAUUGUGUUCGGGAACAUCCUGGUUAUUGUGGCCAUCGCCAGGACGCAGAGACUGCAGACGAUCACCAAUGUGUUCAUCGUGUCCCUUGCGAGCGCGGACCUCAUCAUGGGGAUGCUGGUGGUGCCGUUUGGCGCCGCGCUCGAGGUGCGCGGCUUGUGGCUGUACGGCUCCUUUUUCUGCGAGUUCUGGAUCUCCGUGGAUGUCCUGUGCGUCACCGCCAGCAUCGAGACCCUGUGCGUUAUCGCCAUAGACAGGUACGUGGCUAUCACCUCGCCUUUCCGCUACCAAAGCUUGUUAACCAAAGCUCGGGCCAAAACAGCGGUGUGCGUAGUGUGGGCCAUCUCCGCGCUGGUCUCCUUCCUCCCCAUCCUGAUGCACUGGUCCCGGGACAGCGUGGACACAGCCUGCUACGAGGACCCUGAAUGUUGCGAUUUUGUCACAAACAGAGCAUAUGCCAUCUCCUCAUCCAUCAUAUCGUUUUACAUUCCUCUCCUUGUUAUGAUAUUUGUUUACGCUCGCGUGUACAGAGAGGCGAAACUGCAGCUGAGGAAGAUCGACAAGUGUGAAGGCAGGUUUCACAACACCUUAACGGGACUCACCUCCAAGUGUAAGAAGAGGCCGUCGAAAAUCCUGGCGCUCAGGGAGCAGAAGGCGCUCAAAACGCUGGGCAUCAUCAUGGGGACGUUCACCCUGUGCUGGCUGCCUUUCUUUAUAGUCAACGUGGUGCGGGUGUUUUGCGCAGAGGUGGUGGACAAGAACCUUUUCGUUUUCCUAAACUGGCUGGGGUACGUGAACUCAGCGUUUAACCCCAUCAUUUACUGUCGGAGCCCGGACUUCAGGAAAGCAUUCAAGAGGCUGCUGUGCUGCCCGAGGCAAGCCGAUCGCAGGCUGCAUAUCAGCUCCUGCGACCUGUCCCGGUGCUCCGGAGGUUUCGUGUCCGCGCUGGAGCCCGGCACGCUGGGUCUGUGGUCAGAUUGCGCCGGCUUGGACAACAGUGACAGCAGCCUGGUGGGAACCAAAAAGUUGUCUCACUCUGAAUCACAGUUGUGAAGGAAAAUAUUAAACUUUUGUGGAGGUGGAUUACAAGAGAAAGAAUGGUGACAAAAGCGGGGACUGACUCCGUAAGAGUGGGUUUCUUUUUGGGAAAGGUUUGCGCAAGACCUUCCGUUUUUAUAUGUGCAUCGGAGGUGUCAAACAUCAAGCAAAAUCACCAGAAAUAUAGGUAUUUGAAAGCCAUAUUUUACCACAGGCAUCGAGACCGAUGUUCUUUCCAAGAUAAAAAUUAAUAAAUAAAUCUCUCCAGGACAGUUUUGCAUCUAAGAGAUUAUCCAAUUUGUUAAAUAAUAUCGACCCUAAGGGACUGUGCUUUAUUUAUCAGAUUAGGGGCUGCAGUGUGACUUCCUUUGUUUUUUAGGGCUGCACAAUAAU